AUGAUCAACGGGGGAGCCGCCGCCCCAAAGCUAGUUCGUCUUGCCGCCGCCAUCUUCGAGGAUAUCGACAAUGCAGAUGAUAGAGUCAUAUGGCCAGUAUUUCCACGAAAUACCGAUCACUUUGAACCCGAGAAAUGCACCUUGGUUAUGCAUCUCCUACAAUUCUAUGACCAGCACAACAUUUUCCAGCGAAUAUACGAUGAGGGAAAGGCGAAUGGCAAGGGCAUAGCCUGGAGCGAUGCACAGGUUGCUCAUAUGUACGACAACCACUGCUGGGAAUACCGGUUGGGUCAACGAGAGGGUGGUGGUUAUUUUAUGCCGGUGUUGACCAGGAAUGGGUUCUUACAAAUGUUGAUGUCUGAGGCAUUGGUGGACCCAGAGGGCUUCUCGGUGAGACUGAAUGGAUUGUUGGUGUCGGUGGGCGGCCUGAAAGACCCUCUGACCCGUCAUUACUUCCACGUUGAGAGGGAAAGCUGGCCGAGUGUGCCAGAUGAUAGCAUGGUGCAGCAGAAGAAUGAAGUCUUAGGGAUGGUGGAGGAUGCGAUUGAGGCAGCGAGGGAAUACGGGUCCGGGUACCCAGCACAGGAGAGCGGUGGAUGGCAGCAGGGCAGGAGUAUGAGGGCGUCUAAAGGGCCCCUCUUCCAGCAGGACAGGGAUAUGAGGGCAUCUAAAGGGUCACUCUUCCAGCGUGCAAGGAGGUUUGGGAAAAAUAUCUAG